UGCGUCAGAAUGUUCACCAUCCUGCUCGGCUUGACGGUGGCAUUGUUGUUGGCUUAUCUCAUCAAUGAAUUUCGACGACCGACCAACUAUCCACCGGGCCCAUCAUGGCUCCCGGUGGUAGGAAAUACACCGUACAUACGCAAGCUUGCCCGCCAGUACGGUGGUCAGCAUAAAGUGUUCGAGCUAUUAGGCAAAAUCUAUCGCAGCAAUGUAAUUGGGUUGAAGCUGGGUCGGGAGUAUGUGGUCGUUGCGCUCAACUAUCCUGCCGUUAACGAAGUACACCGGAACGAUGUCUUUGCUGGACGGCCCAAUAACUUCUUCAUUCGCUUGCGCACGAUGGGCACAAGACUCGGAGUAACCUGCACGGAUGGACCGUUCUGGGUGGAGCACCGUAACUUCGUUACACGCCAUCUGCGCCAGGUCGGUUACGGGCGGCAGCCGAUGCAGUUGCAGAUACAGAACGAACUGAACGAGCUGGUUGACGUGAUUCGUGAGCGGGACGGACAACCGAUCUGGCCUGGCAGUAUCCUUUCCACCAGUGUCAUCAACGUGCUGUGGACGUUUGUGACUGGAACGCGCAUACCGCGCGAGGAUGAUCGACUGCAGCGAUUGCUCCGUUUGCUACAGGAUCGUUCGAAGGCUUUCGAUAUGUCCGGUGGUGUGUUGAGUCAGUUGCCGUGGCUUCGAUUCAUUGCACCGGAAUGGAGUGGAUACAACCUGUUGCGGCGGUUCAAUCUGGAGCUAAACGAAUUCUUUGCCCCAACAAUUGCUGCCCAUCAUCGACACUUUAGCGAGGACAAAGCUAACGAUGAUCUGAUUUACGGUUACAUUAAGGAGAUGCACGAUCGUCAGGAUGAUCCCGAUACGACUUUUACCGAUCGGCAGCUUACGAUGAUUAUACUGGAUAUAUUCAUCGCAGGUGGACAAACGACAAGCACAACGCUCGAUCUUGCCUUCAUGAUGAUGAUCCUGCGGCCAGAUAUUCAGGCCCGCAUUCGCAAGGAAAUCGACGAAACGCUACGGCCCGAUGAGCUGCCUCAGCAAACCGAUCGAUCACAGCUACCGUACACCGAUGCCUUUCUGCUCGAAGUUCAACGAUUCUUCCACAUCGUACCGGUUAGUGGACCGCGGCGCACACUGUCCGACUGUACGUUGGGAGGCUAUCGGGUGCCGAAGAACACCACCGUACUUAUUGGCCUACGUACCGUGCACAUGGAUCCGGACUAUUGGGGCGAUCCGGAAGUGUUUCGGCCGGAACGAUUCCUCGAGCCUGGAAAGGAUGCGACCGGCAAGGCACAUCUGCACACCGAUCGGUUAAUGUUUUUCGGGAUUGGCAAACGGCGCUGUUUGGGCGAGGUGCUAGCGAAGGCUUGUUUGUUCACGUUUUUCGUUGGAGUGAUGCAAAAGUUUGAGCUACUUAAGCCAGUGGAAGCGAAUCCGGCGAUGGAACCAUCGAUCGUGCUGCGACCGGGUAUUACGCUCUCGCCGCAACCGUACGAAGUGGUGUUUCGCCCACGAUAG